AUGUAAUUGGAUGAGAGUAAUAAAACAAAGAAAAAUGAAUAGUCUAUUCUUAAAGAAACCUCCAAAAACAGAAAUAUAGUUUCUAAAUUACAAGGAAAUCCAGUAAGAUUAUAGGGAUUGAAAGACAGUUUUAAAUACUUUACGUUAUUAAAAAAGAAUCAAUAUUUGGAGAGAAAGCAAUAUAGAGUUAGCAGAGAUGAGACUUUAGUUUGUUCCUGCAUAAUGUGUCCUGAGGAUCAAAUAUAAAAUCGACCUUAAGGUCCGUAAUAUUCUUAUAAUUGCGGUGAGAGAUGCUUGAAUAGAUUCACUUGUACGGAAUGCGAUGUAGAGUUGUGUCCGUGUGCAGAACAAUGCAAAAAUCGAAGAUUUUAGAAACAUGAUGAUGCAUGUGUUUAUCCAUUGCGUUGUGGAGGGAAAGGAAUGGGUUUGUUUGCUGGCGAACGUAUUUUGAAGGGACAAUUCAUAAUGCAAUAUGUUGGCGAGAUAUUUCAAAUAAAUAGUGCAUUUGGGAGACGACGAGUGCAGGAAUAUUCGAAAUCUACAUGCACUUAUUUAAUGAAACUCAACAAUCAAGAAGUUAUUGAUCCAACAUCGAAAGGGAAUCUAGCAAGAUUUAUAAAUCAUUCAUGUGAGCCCAAUUGUAUUACAGAGAAAUGGAAUGUGUUAGGAGAAGUAUGUAUAGGAAUAUUUGCCAUACGAGACAUAAAUGAGGAUGAAGAAUUGACCUUUGAUUAUUAAUUUGACGUAUUUCAUACACCCUUGACUAAAUGUCUCUGUGGGGCUAAUAAAUGCAAGGGGUAUUUGGGAUUGAAACCAACUGAUGUUACAUAAGAAGAGUGGGAAGAACAUCUGGAAAAUAUGGUAUGCAAAAUAUGUUAAACUAAAACACCAUAAGAUGAUGAGUAACUAUUGUUAUGUGAUAAAUGCAAUUGUGGAUUCCAUUUAUUAUGUCUUGUACCUCCAUUGUCAUCAGUACCAAAAGAUGCUUGGUAUUGUUAGGAAUGCUAGGAUGAGAAAAGAAUAUUGGCUGAAUCUGAAAAAGAGAAAGAAAAAAUAGAAGGCUUAUUAUAGUAGAAAGUCAAAUAGUUGAAUAAUGAGAAAAAGAAUAAGAAAAAGAUGAAUUCAUCAUCUUCUUCAAGUGAUUCUGAUAGUGAAUAUGAUAACAGAUAUAAAAUGAUGAAAUCUUUGGAGAAAUAAACAGUCAGAGAAUAUUUAUAAUAGAAAUAACAUUAAUAAUAAUAAAUUAAUAAAUUAGAGGAGGAUGUCAAUUAUAAUAAAAAAGAAGAGUUGGAUACUAAUAUCUCAGAUUUACCUCUGCCUUCAAAGAGUAUCAAAUCUACAGGCACAUCAUUAAAUAAUCUUGAUCAAUAUACUUACAACAAUAGAAUAGUGGUAAACUCUCGUAGAUGCAAUCCAUAGUUGAUGUAGCCUAGAAAAAAUUUGAAGAAGCAAUAUGAUAAUAAUACUGAUUUUAUUCAAGUGUAAAAUAUCCAAAAUAUUGAUACUAAAAAGGAAUGCUUUAAAAUCAAUAUUCUUGAAUAGAAAGUAGUCAAAAAGAAUGCUCCAUUAAUUUAUAAGAUUGGAAACAAAAUCAGUUUUGAAUAAAUAGAUCAAUAAUAUGCAGAUUUCUUCAAGAAGGAGAAUAAUUUGACUGUUAUUGGUUCUGUUUAAUAGAUAAGUAUCUUUAGAUCAAUCCUAAUCAUGAUUGAAUAAAUUAUCAAAGAAUUGAAAAAAGAACUAGGAAUCAUAGAAGGGUAGAUUAAAGUACCAAUUAUAUAUUUAAAAAGAUUAAUAAAUAAAUUCAACAGUUUAGAUAAAAAACAAGAAGUUAACAUUAUAUAUAAUAAAUCAUUGGCUCAUAGUGAAGAGAUAUUUCCUAUGGACAAAGCUACUCCAAUCAAAAUUAAGGGGUCUAAAUAGAACAUUGAAUCAACUGUCCAAGAGAUAUCAAAAAUCUUAAAAACAUUAUGCGUUUAAAGACUGUAUAUCAGCAGAAGUGAAACUAAGACUGUUUAAUAAAACAUGUAUCAUCUAAAACAGCAUGCUGAAAUUCGUAUUUCAAGAGAUUCGGUUUAUAAUGCAAAAGGCGAACAAACGUAGAGGGAUAUCAAUCAUCCAUUCUUUUAUAUACAAUAUAGGGAGAAGGAAGUCUGUUUAAUUGGCACUCUUCAAUAAGUUUAAGAGACUAGUAAUGCUAUUAAAUUACUAUUGGAAUAAGAGACUAAUAAUGAUAAGGAAAUGACUUACUUCACUGUCCUCAUUUCUCCACAAUAUAAAGAAAUAAUAAUUGAAAAAGAUUCUUCAUCUACCAAAGUACUAUUGUUUGAAGCCUCACAUCCUAGAAAGAAUAUGACUAUAUUGAUAUUAUGUUUAAGAAAUCAGAUUAAAUAAACUAAGCAAAUGUUUUUUGAAAUGAUUUAAGAGGAUUGUCAAUUAAAAUUGGAAUAGUUUUAAGAUUAAAUGUCAAUGUAAAUGUGUAGAUACGUAUUCAAAUAUUUAUAAAAUACUAUGAUGACUAAUGAUAUGGCAUUUAUGAAGAAUUGGGAUCUUAUUACACCAUAUUUUUAUUAAUUUAAUAUUUUGAAGUACAGAGAAUAGAAAUUUGAUAAUUGGUUUGUUAAACGUUGUUAUCCAUCAUUGCUAAGAGAUUAUGAAACCUAAUUGUAUAUCUAAUAUUGCUUAGGAAAGGAAAUCUAAAAGAAUCUAACUGAUUAGGAAUAAAUGUAGAGAAAAAAGAAUUUAAUCCUAUUGACAAGAAAGAUCCUGACUGCUAUAUUGGGAUUUAAAAGACAUUUGCCAGAUUAGACUUAAUAAGAUGGAAACUAAUAACAGGAUUAAUAAUUCAGGAGAUUUAAUAGUGUAUAACAGGAUGACACUCCUAAAUUAUAAAAUUUGCCUGUAAUUUAAUUGAUUACUCAAACAUCUUAAAUCAGCAAAAGAAGUGAUAGAUAGAAGGACAGUAGCGAUGACAGUUCCUCUGAUUCCAGCAAUAACCAACAUCAAAAGAGAUAAAGUAGUUCAGAAUCAGGUAAAAGUAGAGAUAUGUCAACAAAGCAAAAGCAUAAGUCGCAUCAUCAUAGAUAUAACUAUAAUUAAAAAAGUCCGGUUGAUAGGUAUGAUAAAUAUAAAUACGAAAAAUCGCACUAUUAUGAUAAAUCAAAAUAGAAACAAAAAUACUAGAGUUAUAAAUAUGAGAGACCUAGAACUAGUAGAAGAUAUUAUGAUGACCAUGACUACUCUAAAAGCAGGGGGUAUAACAAAAGAAGGUCCAGCAGUGAAGGUUCAUAAAAGUCUUAGGAUUACAGAAGGAAAAGAUAGGAAUCUGUAGACUCUGAUAAAUAUAAAAAUAAUAAGUAUUAUAGUGGAUUUUAAUUUGAAAGAAGACAUCCCAAGACUUACAAAUAUGAUUAUGAAAAAUCUACUAAAAUGCAAGAAAGCCAAAGAAAGAUCUCGAUCAAGACAACGAAACAAAUCAGAUAGUAGCGAUGGCUAUCGAAGAAGAUCCAAAUCAACUCACAAAUCCAAGAAAUACUAUAGGAAGUAUUACCAAAAGUAUUUUUUGUUUUGGGAGGACCUGGAGCAGGAAAGGGUACUUAAAGUGCAAAAAUGGUGGAGAAGUAUCAUUUUGUUCACUUAUCUGCCGGUGACUUGUUAAGAGAGGAGAGAUCCAAAAAAACACAAAAUGCUGAAUUGAUUGAAGAAAUCAUUAGGAGUGGAUAAAUUGUCCCAAGUCACAUUACUAUUGGGUUAUUGGAAUAGGCUAUGCAAGCUAAGGGUUUAGAUAAGAUGUUUUUGAUUGAUGGAUUCCCCAGAAAUCAAGAGAAUUUCGACGUUUGGAUCAAAUUAAUGGGUGAUAAAGUGGAGUUUAAAAAAUUGUUUUAUUUUGAAUGUGAUGAGGAGACCUUAAAAAAUAGAAUAAAGAUCAGGGCUUAAGAAAGUGGAAGAUCAGAUGAUAAUGAUGAAACUCUGGUUAAAAGGUUGAAAACAUACAAUGAAUCUACACGACCAAUUAUAUAAUAUUUUGAUUCUCUAUCACAAUGCAUCCAUAUAAAGGCAGACAAAGCUAUUGAUGAGGUAUUUCAAGAAAUUACAAAGAAAUUAGAUGAAAUCUUGUGA